AUGUACUCUUCAAGUUCACGAUUGGAUAACGAGGGUGAAUUUGACGAUGCUUUAACCCAUCAAGAUGACCGUCAAAAUGAUGUGGGUGAAAAUUUUGAAGAACCGAAGGAUUUAAUGGCGUUUAUUUCAGAUGAAGAGUUGAGUGAUAAGGAAGAAAAUGUGGUACUACCUGUGGUGUUAAAGGAUAUUGAGAAAGUUGAAGAAUCGAAGGAAUCAAUGACUUUUAGUUCAAUAGAAGAAGUUUGCUCUUAUUAUAGGAGGUUACGAAAUGUUUUUUGGGCUGAUGCAUGGAGUAGGGCAGCGUAUGAUUUCUUUGGAGAUGUUAUUACGUUUGACACAACGUAUUUGACCAAUAGAUAUGACAUGCCAUUUGCUCCUUUUGUAGGAGUGAAUCAUCAUGGUCAAUCUAUACUUUUAGGGGCAGGACUAAUUUCAAGUGAGGAUACAGACACAUUUGUGUGGUUAUUUAAAUGUUGGUUGGAGUGCAUGAAUGGCCAAGCCCUUAAAGCAAUUAUGACAGACCAGGAUAGAGCUAUGAAAAAUGCAAUCGCUAUUAGUGCCAUAAAUAAAUGUUUGUAUGACUCUCAAACAUGUGAAGAAUAUGAAGAAAAUUCGAAAGAUCUACUGGAGAAGUAUAAUCUUCAUGAUAAUGCAUGGUUGAAUGAGUUAUAUAUGGAUAAGACAUUUUGGGUACCGGCAUACAUGAAAGAUACGUUUUGGACGGGAAUGAAUACUACACAACGAAGUGAAAGUAUGAAAGGAUUUUUUGAUGGUUACGUGCACUCACGAACCACAUUGAAAGAAUUUGUUGAUGAAUAUGAUAAUGGUUUAAGAAGAAUGGUCGAGAGUGAGACACAUGCUGAUUUCGAUUCUUUCAAUCGCACAAUCCCAUGUAUAAGCGCCUUGCAGUUGGAGAAACAAUUUCAAGUUGUUUACACAAAUGCGAAGUUCAAAGAAGUACAUGAGCAGUUUGUGAAAAUGAUGUCUUGUAAUAACUCUCUUCUCAAAAGUGAAGGUGCGAUUUCUACCUUUGAAGUUGUUGAAUAUGUUGCCAUUGGAGACCACUUAAUAGAAAAGACAUUUCUUGUUUACUUCAAUGACGAUGAAUUGGAAGUGAAGUGCACAUGUGCAUUGUUUGAAGUAAGAGGCAUCUUAUGUAGGCAUUCACUUUCCGUGUUACGGACAAAGAAAGUGACAACUUUGCCACAAAGAUAUGUUCUUGACAGAUGGAGGAAGGAUAUUAAGCGAGAGUACUCAAAGGUUAAGAGUAGUUAUGAUCAGUAA